UUUGCCUCGAUUUGUACCUGCACGAGGCUCUUCAGAAUCACCUGAAGAGCACAGAAGUUGUACAUGCAAGAGCGCAGAAGUUGGAACUAUGGCGUCCUCGGUUUGAAGAUAAAGCCUUCGAUCCCCAGCUGCUGGUACUUGAAAGCUGAAAGCCGCGAGCUGCUCUACGCCCAAAGCUCAGGUCAGGUACCUACCAUGGCUGCAUGAGCAGAGGAAUCCUUUCGAUUGGUUUCUCAAUCAUCUGCAAUUUCAAAGUAGCUGUCAAGAUGGGGGACCGUGCGAUCCAGAAAGAAAGCUGGGGAAGAAGCAGGGCAAGCUUGGGCGUCGUGGCCACAGGUCGAAAGCUCGUCUGGGCUUCCUUCCUGUGCUCGAUCGUCCUCGUCCUGCAAUAUUUAGCGCAGCCGGCAAGUGCGGAUCCGGUCUUGGCCACAAGCAUUGGCCAGUGCAAUCCCGUCGCGUUGCAGGCUACAAACGACAGUAAAACCAGAACUGAGCAGUGCUGUCUUCCGGCUCCAAAGCGAGCGCGCAUCCCGUUCAAAUUGCCCAAAGUGCACCGUCUGCGCAUUCGCAGGCCUGCGCACGAGCUCGCCAACGAUGUGGUGUACGUGAACAAGUAUAACUUGGCUUACGAGAAAAUGAACGCGCUGCCUGCUGACGAUCCCAGGAGCUUUCUCAGACAAUGGCACGCUCACUGCUCCUUCUGCAAAAGUGCUUUCCUGCAGAGAAGGCUGAAUAACUCGACCACCGGGUAUCCCCUCCAAUUGCACUUCAGCUGGACCUUUCUCCCAUGGCACAGGAUGCUGAUCUACUUCCACGAGAAGAUUCUGGGCAGUCUCAUCAACGACCCCGACUUCACUCUCCCGUUCUGGAACUGGGACAACCAGCUGGACAACACUGCGGGCCAGAUCCCCCAAAUUUUCCUGCCAUACAAACAAUUCGCACGGAAAAAACACGGACGGCAUGGAAAAAUCAGGAACACGUUCCUGUACGAGGGCAAGCGCCGCAACCCCAACCACAUGCCCCCGAAAGUUCUUCCCCUCACCUUCGAUCGCAAACUCGAGAAGGAGCGGGCCAAUUGGACGCACUCGCAGAUUAGACACGCCAACCUGGGCCAGGUUUACCAGAUGGUCUACAACAAGGUGAGCGCCAGAGAGUACAUGGGAGGCCCAUAUAACACCAACUCCAACUUCACCGAAGUUGCCGACGUAAACGUAGGUGAGUCCGGGGGCGCAGAAUCGCUUCACAACACUGCUCACGAAUGGGUGGGCAAUCUCGACAGUUCGGCCUACCCCGACAACGAGGACAUGGGCGUGUUCACGUACGCCGGGCGUGACCCGAUCUUCUACUCUCACCAUGCCAAUGUCGACCGCUUGUGGCACGUCUGGAAAGGUCUUCCCGACAACAUCACCAGGGAUGGUCACAGGAUCAGGAAGGAUUACGAUGAUUACGACUUCCUGGAGACGGAGUUCACAUUCUUCGACGAGAACGCGGACAUGGUGGUGGUGAAGGUGAAGGAUACGCUGGACAUCCACAAGCUGGGCUACAAAUACAAAUCCAUGAGGGAGGCAGAUAGCUUGUGGAUAAACCACAAGCCCAAUGGGACCAAGGCCAGCUACAAACGCAGCGAAGUCGUAGUAAGCAUCAGCAACACCAUCGGCAGGCAGCCCACGAGCUUCAAGCUGAGACGCCGGGCUCCCACAGCGGCCGAUCUAUCAGGCACGCAGGCCCUGAACGUCCAGCAGCUGAGCGAAGGCGUGGUGUUUGAGCACGUCCGCGUGCCCGAGUACAUGUAUGUGCGCUUCGACGUUUUCCUCGACCUCCCCACGGCUACGGCAGAGACCGACGAGGACGAGUCGGCCUACGUGGGCACCUUCACUCAUCUCCCGAGCGGAGUGAUGACUGUGGAGGAUGUCGGCCAAAAGAAGGUGCACGUCAGAAACGACGACAUGUACCGCACGCUCAACAUUCGCUUCAGCACCUCCUUGGCCUUGAAGGCGCUGGGCAUCACCGGCUGGAACACUGAAAUCACCGUGACUGUCGUACCCAGGUUCAGACCGCACGGCUAUGGCUGGAACAUCAAGGGCAUCAAAUUCGACUGCCUAAGACAGGAGUUCACAUGAUCACAUACAUCACAGAAUUUGCCUGCACACAUGCACAUGCUUGUGACUCUCCUCCCGAUGUUGUGCAUCUGGAGAUCGUGAUAAGGUAUCAUUUGGAAUAAACCACCACGGGCCCGAAGCAUGAUGCUCAACCUGCAGACUUGUUAGCCUAUCUGCAGGCUCGUCUUUAAUAAUGCUAGUAGGUAAUAAUCCAGGCGACAAGACAUCUGGUGUCGUCUGUACUUGCAGGCAUCUUCCACUUUGAUAAAAUUUCACUGAACUUUCC